AUGAGCAAACGGUAUGCUUUCGUCCCUAUGGACGAUGAUGAAGUUGGCCCGCAGAAAGUCGAAACAAAAUCAAAGUCGAAAUCUCGCCGACGUGAAGAGCGCGACCAUGACCGUGACCGCGACCGCGAUCGAUCACAUCGCCAUCGCCAUCGAAGCCCUAGCCGAAGUCGAAGCCGGGAUCGUAAUCGCUCGCCGCGCCGAGACAGAGACAGAGACAGAGACAGUCAUAAGAAAAAGUCCAAGUCAAUACGGAGACAUGGCGAAGGCGACUAUGACGACCGCUGGGGCGAUGAGGAACCCGAACCCACACCUUCUGGGGACGAACAAGCGGAUGAACCCGAGUUCAAAGAGUCUGCGCCGAAAAGGGUGAAACUAAGUCAUGAUGACAGAGCUGAAGAUGAAGAUGGCGCAGACUCCGACGCCGCCAAGGAUAGGGCUGAAAGAGAAGCAUUCUCGCGACGGCUGAAAGAACGCGACCAGGGCAAAUCCAAGAAGGAGGGUAAGGCCGAGACGGAACGCCAACGUUUGGCCGAUGAAAUAGCCGCCAAUCGAGCCGCAAUGCCCGACCUACGAGAGCGGUCCCGACAGGACUACCUGAAAAAGCGGGAAACGGAACGAUUAGCAUUGUUGCGCAAGCAGGUAGCUGAGGAAACGGCGGAACUACGGAGCGGUGUGCGUCUUUCAGAAAAGGAGAAGGCCGAAUUCGCAAAGAACCGCGAAAUCCUUCGGCUUGCUGAAGAGCGCUUACGGAUCGAUGAUCACCGAGAUGGCUACUACAUGCCCGAAGAUUACAUCACGGAGAAGGGAAAGAUUGACAAGAAAAGAAAAGAAGACGCCUUAUACAAGCGCUAUGUCGAAAGAGAUGAGUACGGACAGGAGAAGUUCGUCACGGAACAUGACGAAUGGGAGCGAGAACAGACCCAAAAGGCAAAAGCCCAAAUCAACAGAGCCGAGCGUGAGUACGAGGGUGAUUAUGCCCCCGUUCUCGAUCCCGAGCAGUACAUACAGUGGAACUUGGGUUCAACCCUGGCUGGCGAAGGCAAGCAGUUGACUCAAGAGCAACGGUUUCUUGAGGCGCAAAUCGAAGCGGCAGAAAAGGCGGCCUUGUCAAUACAAGAAACGAGGAAGUCCCUCCCAAUAUACAAAUACAGGGAGGAGUUCCUUUCCGCCAUGGAGCAAUACCAAAUCCUGGUUCUUGUCGGUGAGACGGGUAGUGCGGGUUACACAAAGGGCGUUGCUGCUAUGAGUGUAGCAGCUCGUGUAGCUGAGGAGAUGGGAGUCAAGCUUGGCAAUGAGGUCGGCUAUUCGAUACGAUUUGAAGACAAUACGAGCGACAAGACUAUAGUGAAGUACAUGACUGACGGCAUGUUGCUACGAGAGUUUAUGACAGAUCCCGAACUUUCUGGAUACUCGGCUCUUAUGGUGGACGAGGCUCACGAGAGAGGAGAUCUGGCAAGAGAACGGCCAGAAAUGAAAAAAUUCGCAAAGUACUUUGAUGACGCUCCCAUCUUCAAUAUACCGGCACCCGAGGCGAAUUACUUAACAGCGGCAAUCACGACUAUAUUUCAGAUUCACACAACCCAAGGCAAAGGGGAUAUAUUGGUAUUCUUAACUGGUCAGGACGAGAUCGAAGCUGCCGAACAGCAACUCACUGAUACUGCUCGAAAGCUUGGAAACAGGGUAAAGGAGCUCAUCAUUUGCCCUGCCAAGAUCUUUGAACCUACACCAGCAAACGCCCGCAAAGUCGUGCUCGCCACGAACAUUGCGGAAACAAGUUUAACAAUCGAUGGUAUCACCUACGUUAUCGACCCUGGCUAUGUCAAGGAGAACAUUUAUAACCCAGCUACUGGCAUGUCGAACCUAGUCGUGGUUCCUUGCUCACGAGCCUCUGCAAAUCAACGCAGUGGUCGUGCAGGACGUGUGGGCCCUGGAAAAUGUUUCCGACUUUAUACCAGAUAUGCUUAUAUGAAUGAGAUGGACGAAUCGACGACCCCCGAGAUCCAACGCACGAAUCUCAACUCUGUCCUCCUUGAGUUUGACGCAUUAAACCAGCUCUUCGCACUGCAGGCGUUAAACCACAAAGGAGAUCUCACGAAGGUCGGUCGCCAGAUGGCCGAAUUUCCCACGGACCCCAUGCUUGCCAAAUCCGUGCUGGCCGCCGAUAAAUUCAAUGAAGCUUCUGCGCUUGCGCGCAAUCGAUUCACCGUCAAGGAUGGAGGCGAUCAUAUAACUCUGCUGAAUAUCUGGAACCAGUGGGAGAAUUUCCUACAACAGCGCUCCCUGACCCGCGCGCGAGACGUCCGAGACCAACUCGCCAAGCUAUGCGAGCGCGUCGAGGUAGCCCCAUCGUCUUGUGGCGCUUCCAAUCUAGAACCCAUCCAAAAGGCCCUAACAGCCGGCUUCUUCCCCAACGCGGCACGACUACAGCGCGGCGGCGACAGCUACCGUACACUCAAGAACAACACCACCGUCUAUAUCCAUCCUAGCUCCGUCCUCAUGAAAUCAGACCCGCCCGAGAAGACGCUCAUCUACUACGAGCUGGUGCUGACGAAUAAAGAGUAUAUGAGGAGUUUGGCACCGCACUUCCAUAAGAUGAAGGACUUGGAGCAGAUAGAGGAUAAGAAGACUUCUAGGAACGUUGGGAGGUAG